UGUGAACAAAUCCACCGAUUUCGAGCCAACAAGGCAACAAACAACAAUCAAAGUAUCAAACUCGCCGGAGAACACAAUGGUGUCUCUGCGUUUCCCAUUCUCGUUUUCUCAGCCCGCCACAACGCGCGUCCCCUCCGGCGCCUUUUCACCUGCAAAUAUCGCUUGCUCCGUCGCCGUCUCUGCCGCUAUCGGCGCUGGCAUUUCUGCUGGCAUUUGCUUAUCACAAAACUCUACCAGUCCAUCUCUUCAUAACGCAUUGAAAUCAUUGCUUUCCAAUUUAUCACACUCUUCUCCCCUAUGGGGUUCACUAUCUCUCUCCGAAGGUUCCGGCGAUGUGGUCACCGAAUCAAAGACUGGAUUUUCGUUUCCGGCAGUUUUGAAGGAUUCUCAGGGGCUUCUAGGGAUUGGAUUGAGGAGAAAGGCCGUGUUUGGGCUGAAGAACAUCGAUGUUUACGCCUUCGGUGUAUAUGCGGAUGAUAGUGAUAUCAAGAAUUUUCUAAGUGAGAAAUACGGAACACUUUCAACCACUGAAGAUUCUGUGGGAAACAGAUUAAAAAAAUUUGGAGGAUCUGAUAACAAGGAGUUGCUUCAAAAGUUCACUUCUCAGUUUAAAGAUGAAUACAAAAUCCCACGUGGAUCUAUCAUAGACCUUUCAAAAGAAAAGGGCUAUGUGCUCCGGACCAGUAUUGAUGGCAAGGAAGUAGGAAGCGUCCAAAGCCAACUCUUAUGCCGAUCAAUUUUGGAUCUUUAUAUUGGCGAUGAACCUUUUGAUUCAAAAGCAAAAGAAGAUAUUGAUCUCAAAUUGGCAUCCGCCAUUACAAAUUGGUGUAAAGAAAAAAAUGGUAAAGCUGAUGGUUGGACUACUCCUGUUAACACAAGUUAUUCCAAAUGGGCGUCUUCAAAGAAGUUUCGUGUUGGUGAUACUCUAUGGUUCCAUUAUGACCCAGCGAGCCAUAAUGUGGUGCAAGUGAACCAGAUGGGUUACCAGUUAUGCAACAUCAGCAACGCACGUGUGGGUGUAAAAACGUAUGAAACCGGGAAUGAUUCAUUCAGAAUAAAGGGACCAGGCCAUUACUACUUUAUUUGCAGCUUUCCGGGUCACUGCAAAGCUGGUCAAAAGCUCGAUGUCAGAGUCCUUAAGAAGUAUCCGAUGACUACACCAACACCAAAAACGAUAGCAAUGGCACCUACCUCCUUUGCAAAUGCUCUCUACCCCUACCCUAUUACCUCCUUAUUAUUCGGUACCAUUGUUGUGUCAAUUAUUUGUGCUGCAACUGCAAUGUGGGUUGCUUAA